AGACUUAACAGUGAUACACCUCUCAAUGGGACGUUACCAUGACAGGACAAAGUAAGAACAGGUACAAAAAAGGGGGGAAGUGGAUGAAUACACCUCAGUCUUUGGCAGAAAUCGAGACGGACGAAUCAUCAAGGUUGCAGUAAUGAACAGAACAAUGAAGUUGUUGGUCUUGGCUUUAACCGUCACCGUGCUGUUUACAGCUGGUGAAGCCCUGGACUGCCACCGGUGUGUCUCCAAAAGGGCUGGAGGAAUCUGUGAGCUCACUGUAGAGAGCUGCAAACCAGAGAAGGAUGCCUGCGCUGCUGCCCACUUCCUCAGAGCACCAUAUGGCCAAUACCAGAAAUGCAUGGCUCUGUCAGACUGCGAAAUGCUGAAGACAAACUCCUACAUCGACAUCAAGUGCUGUACCGAAGACAUGUGCAACACCUUAUAAAAUGACAAUGUAUUGGAGUAUCUUUGAGCAAGGCACUUAAACCCAGGGACCCCUGCCGACUGCUGCAAGCGGCUCCCAGGUGUGAAAGCAUGUAUGAACUCAAAGUGGCUAGAAAAACUAAAUUUCUUUUGUCAAUCCUUUCCCUUGACAAAUAAAAAUGUUUGACAAAGA